AUGGCACAAUCCAAUAUUCUACAAGCCACUUCAUUUCUAGUUGAGCCUGAUCAACAAUCUACCAUUGACACACUCGUUAAAAAUACUAGUUACUACUCUACUGACACUGACACUGAUGAUACUGUUGAAAAGAAAAAAGAAGUUACCGAAUAUGCAAAGAAACAUGGUAGAAAUUCUGCUGCGCGUCAUUUUAAAAUUGAUCGAACAAUGAUCGGAAGAUGGGUUAAAGCAAGUAAUAAAUGGGAUGAUAAAGUGAGUAACAAUUCUAAACGUAUUGGCUCAGGUCAAAAAGCGCAUUAUCCUGAUGCUGAGAAACAACUUUAUGCUUGGAUUUGUGAUCAAAAAGAUCAAGCUACAAAAUUGACCCAUGCAAAAAUUCAAGCAAAGAUGCACGAAAUAUUAAAACAAAGUGAAAUGGAAAAAAAAUAUCCAAAUGCUUUAAAUAAUUUUAAAGGUAGUGCUCGUUGGGUAAUGGGUUUUCUAAAACGAAAUAAUCUUCCAAUAUGCAGAAAAUCUAAAUUUCAAAAGGCACGUACUAAGGUUGCUGCUGAAAGUUUCAACAACUUUCGUAAAAAUGUAGUCCAACUGAGACUUCAAUACGAUUUUAUUACUGCUAAUAUGUUUAAUAUGGAUAAAGUUCCUGUGUGGUUUGAUGAAUCUGGAAACAUGGUGAUUAAUAGUAGACGUAAAAGAAUUACUCAUAAUGAUACUAUGUUGGUUGAAAAUUAUCACUUUACUAUUAUUUUAACAUGUGCAGCUGGAACACAAAUGCCACCUGGAGAAACUGUCCCUAAUGGAGUUCUUGUUUGGUUUCAAGAGAAUGGAGUAUUGACUACUGAACAUCUGAAAAAUUAUGUUGAUAUUCUUCAUUGUAUGAGAAUGGUUAAAGACAGUAAUGCGCCAGCUUUGUUUGUACAUAAUUCGUAUAAUGGUCGAUUGGAAGACUCUGUAGUUUCGAAAUUUCAAUGUAACAAUUUUCAAGUUGCGGUAAUUCCUGAAGGAUUAACUGGAGUAUGCCAACCUCUUAACGUCAUUGUCUUGAGAUCAUUCAAAGAAAAUUUACGUAAAGAAUGGCAAAAUUGGAAAAAUGCUAGUCCUCCUAUCAAUUUACAAGCUAAAAUAACCGAAGUUUGUGGUUGGGUGAAAAAUGCAUGGGAUGAAGUUUCUUCUACUCAUAUUGUAAAUGCAUUUAAAAGAUGUUUGAUCUCUAAUCCUCUUGAUGGUGCUGAAAAUGAUAAAAUAUUUGAAGAGUUGGAUAUCUUAAAUCCAAAUGAUUCUGAUCAUGGUGGAUCUCACAAAGCAACAACUAGCAAUCCCAAUGAUUCUGAUGGUUCGCAAGAUGCAUCAGAAUAUUAUUUAGAACGUCAUUAA